CCUCUGACCUGUUCUCAGGGCUUUAAAGAUGAAGUGUACCGCCAGAGGAGGAAAUACUUCGUGGAAGUGGCCAUGAAUUACAAGUUCGGGCAGCCCAUCCCCCGUAUCGAGUACACGGCGGAGGAGGUCCGGACGUGGGGCGUGGUCUUCAGGGAGCUGACCCAGCUGUACCCGACCCAUGCCUGCAGGGAGUACCUGAAGAACCUGCCGCUGCUCAGAGAGCAAUGCGGUUACCGUGACGACAACAUCCCACAGCUGGAGGACGUGUCCCUGUUUCUUAAAGGUCAGUCACAGCCUCUCAGUCCGUCUCGUAAUGGUCCCCCCGCACGCUCGCUUGGUUCCACGGGCUCUCAUGUCAACAAAUAG